AUGUGAACAGGUGCACUUUAUACUUAGUAGCAGCAAUGGUGGCCUCGAUUUUUCUACUAAUAUUUAUCGUACAAGCGAUUGCAGAGAAAAGGAUUUUACUGAACGAUCCUGCAUUACUUCAGUCUCAGAUUCAUGCGUUAGAGAGUAAAGUGGAGGAUGUUGUGACUAAGAACUCUGAUCUGUCGGCCAAAUACAAAGACCUGUCCACUAAAUACACCGACCUGUCCACUAAAUACACCGAUUUGUCCACCAAGUACACUGAACAGUCUGGCAAAUACACCGAUUUGUCGACCAAGUACAAUGAUCAGUCCAUCCAAUUCACGGAUUUGUCGACCAAAUUCACCGAACUGUCCACCAAAUACAACACUCUUAUGACUAAUAGCAAUGCUGGUGGAGUAUUCAUAAGAUGGGGACGGAAAGAUUGUCCUGGAAACAACACAGAGCUGGUUUAUUCAGGGUUUGCUGGAGGCUCUUGGCCAGACCACACCGGAGCCGCUGCCGAAUUUGUUUGCCUUCCACGAGACCCAGACCUCACCACAAAGUUUACUUCAAGUGGUGCAUUUAUGUAUGGAUCAGAAUACGACUCUACUGAUUUUGGCCAUGAAAACGGGAAUGACCUUCCCUGCAGCGUGUGUCGAAGCACGGUUCAGCCCAGCGUUCUGAUGAUUCCUGGUAAAUCCUCUUGUUACGAUGGCUGGAGCAUGCAGUAUCACGGGGACCUUGCAGCAGGAUAUUACUCAAGUCACGCCGCAACCCAGUACAUUUGUUUAGACGAACAUCCUGAAGCUUUGAUUGCAGGACAGCGUAACGACAAUGGGAAAUUUUUUUACCCAGUAAAAGCAGUGUGCGGAGCUUUAGCUUGUCCACCAUAUCACAAUGACAGAUACCUAACGUGUGUUGUUUGUACCAAAUAAU